UUUUUUUUUUCCCUUUCCCUUCUUUUUAUCUUGUUUCCCAUUAGUGCUUUAACCUUACUAUUAUUUUGAAAAACAUGGUUCAAACACAACUAUUGGAUUCAUUAUCUGAUCGUAUCGAAACACAUUCCAAUACACUCGAUACUUUAUUAAACCUUAUACCCAUCAAGUUUUACAUCACUGAUCCAGAGGCUGCAGAAAAUGAUUCAAAGUAUAUGCACAAUAAAAGAAAAAAGGCACCCAAACAAGCUAUAAAGGAAGCAUCGAAAAAAGCUAAAAAAGCCAAGUUUGAUCCUAGCAAUCAACGAACAGUAGCCGAAAUCCAACAAGAACAAGCCGAACACGCCAAACAAGAUUUAGUAACCAAAGUGACCCCAAAGCAACAGAACGGACGAGUGACUGAAAAUGAUCAAGACGACGAUGACGAUGAUAUGGACACUUCAUCAAAAUCACUUAAUGGUCAUGCCAGCUUUGCAGGACUUGCUGAUGAUGUCGAUGACUCUGAAUCAAAUCAACAACCAUCAGAACCUAUUCAACCAAUGCCGCCUAAAAAUGAAAUUAGUGAACUGAAACGACGACUUCAUGAACGUAUUAUUCAACAACGUCAAAAACGCAAUGCACCUGGUAGUGGAACAUCUAAAGCUCGUAGUAGAGAAGCUAUUCUGGCCGAACGAUUGAAGAAGAAACAAGAUCGAAAGAAGGCAAUCAAGGCUCAAAAAGAAAAAGGAAAUAAGGUUGCACCUGAAGAAUUGGUUCAAGAUCCUACUAAAUCAUCGACUCGUAUUGGUGUUUCAGCUGAUUCUGUAAAGAUGGAUAGUGAACUUGUGUUCGGUAAACUGUCUGUUGGUGGUCCUCAAAAGAAAAAGGGUGCUGUAGAUGCCAAGUCUCAAUUGAAGAAGAUUGAAAAUCAACAACAAAAGCUGGAUAAACUGAAAUCUGAAGAUAAAGAAAAGGCUAAAUCACUUAUGGAAAAGCAAGAAUGGCAAAAGGCAAUUGCUAUGGCUACUGGUGAAAAGGUCAAGGAUGACACCACAUUGUUGAAAAAGACGAUUAAACGACAAGAAAAGAUCAAGUCUAAGAGUGCUCAAGAAUGGAACAAACGUGAAGAAAAGGUCAAACAGGAUGAACAAAAUAAAAUCAAGAAACGAACGGAAAACUUACAAAAGCGUAUUGAUGCAAAGAAGGACCGAAAGUCUGGAAAGAAAGGUGGAAAGAAAGCAAGACCUGGGUUUGAAGGAACUAAUAGGAUCAAGGGCGGCAGAAUCACUAAACCAAGUGCGAAACCAAAAGGAAAGAAAAAAUAGAUUCCUUUUUUAUUAGUUUAGAUUCUUUUUAUUUGUUUUUUGUAGUUAUCUUGUUUUAUUGUACUUUGUUAUUAUUCUUUAUCAUAGUUUUAUUUUUAUUUUUAUACAACAUGCAUUCUUUUUUUUUCCAUUAUCAUAUUCACAAUAAACCAUAUCUCUCUGUCU